AUACUUGAUUUAGAGAGUACUUAAAUUGUAUAUUCAGAUAUAUAAACUGCCGUUUAACUUUUAGCUUUAAAAGUAUACUUUAGUUCAGUAUCCUUACAAACGUAAAGAUAUUCGUUUUAAUUUCCUUUUUUGUUUACGAAAUCGGUGGCUUUGAAUUGGCCUUUUUAUAAAUCAUUUAUAUACGGGUUUUCCCUUUAAAAAAUAAAUACACUUAACAAUGCCUUGCCACGAGGGAGAAAUUGUCGUUUUUCCACCGACGUCAGUCAACGGAACAGACAGACAGACAGACACAGACAACCAGGAAAAAGAUGUUGAUCUUGAAACCAGAUUCCCCGACGGGUCCGUCCGCCUCCGCAACCCCCACGUCGCGCAGAUGGAACAAGACGUGCUGUACCACCUCGCCCUCGGCUCCGGCUCGCAUGACCUCGUCGAGAUGUUCAGCGACGUCAAGUUCGUGUGCAUGGGAGGGACGCAGAGGAUGGAGGGAUUCGCCUACUAUAUCAUUGGACGAGAUCGGAUAACAAGCUGCCCGCUGGGACGACGCUGCUGGACAUUUUCCGUACCAGUCCUAUCGGUAUCGAUGUUUAAGGUCGGCCCGGUGCUCUGCUUCUCCCACGGCAUGGGCAUCCCUUCGGUGGGCAUCCUCCUUCAUGAAGUGAUCAAACUCAUGUACCACGCCAAGUGCAAGGAUCCCAUUUUCUUCCGCCUGGGCACGUGUGGGGGCAUUGGCAUCGAAGGGGGGAACCUCGUUAUUUCCGAAAGUGCGGUGGACGGGCUCAUGCAGCCAUUCCUCGAACUGCCAGUCCUGGGGAAGAUGCAGAGGCGACCAGCUGUUUUGGACAAGAAACUGGCAAAUGAACUGAAGCAAUUACGUUAUGAGGACGAUCCGUUUACUGCAACUGUCGGCAAAACAAUGUGCACUUACGAUUUUUAUGAGGGUCAGGGCAGACUAGACGGUGCCUUCUGCGACUACACUGAAACGGACAAGUUAAAUUUCCUGAAGCAAGUACACGCACAGAACGUCGUCAAUAUGGAAAUGGAAUCCCUCUGUUUUGCUGCCCUCUGUCAUCAUGCAGGGAUCAAAGGCGCUGUUGUAUGCGUUACUCUGCUGAAUCGUCUGCAUGGCGAUCAGGUCGACACCCCAAAGGAAACGCUCAACAAGUGGCAAGAAUAUCCCCAGGUGCUGGUGGCUCGCUACAUCAAGAAACAGCUUGGCCUACCCAUUAACAUCCCGCAACGAAAUCAUCCCCAGGUUUAAAACAGGAUGGGAGGAGAAAAAAAAUUGCUUGGUACCCAAAGCCAGGAUCAUGUUAAUGGAGGUGUCAAAGGCACAUCAGUUUCUCAAGGAAUCAUGUGAUACCUGGUAUUGAUUUCUCGCUUGGUAGCUCUUAGCUCCUCAGACCACAGGUUGCUCUUUGGAUAUUAUCAUCUGCCUAUCAGUGACAAGAAAUUAUAAAAUUCUCAGAUUCUCUUUUUAACUGCAGUCUCUUUGUCAACUUCUCAGGACAAGUAUAUCCUUUCAUUUCCAUUAUAUUCCAUUUCCUUUGUAGGUAGCUUAUGAUAUCUCCAAUUAGUUGUGCAUGCUACAUGCUAAAUUAUGAGACCCAAAAUAGACAACACAAUAGUUUUAAGAAGUAUGGAAUCAAAAGUAUUGAGAAAUGGUCAAAAAUAGUCUUUAAAAGUGUCUUAAAAUUCCAAAUGUGACAAUGUUUACAUGUGGUCGACUUAGGUAUCUCAGUGAGCUUACAGUCUGUCUUGAAAAGGCAGUGCUUAAGUUCACACCUGUACAGAUCUCGUUGAUGAGCAAAAUCGAUAUGAGGAUUAUAAAUCUCCCAUUUGUUAAAUUAUUCUUUGUUUUCUCUUCUCUUUCUCUAUUUCUUUACAAAGUACUUUUAAUUCGUUUUACAAGCUAAUAGUAGUGCUUCUAAUUUUACAAAUGAUGUACAGGCAACUGUAUUACCAUCUAAUGUGUGAGGUUUGUCAAAUGACUGUUUUAUGCACAGACUGUGAUAGUAAAAUGCUAAACUAGGGAAAUCACAAACUGCCUCAAAAUCAUUCCAUUCUGUGAUGAACUGAUUGCUCUUUAAACCAAUAAAAACAGCUUACAUACUGAUUUCAGUAAAUUAUUUAAUUUAAAAUUUAACAUCUUGCAGUUAAAUCUACUUCUCAGAUCCCUGAAUGUUUCUUUCAAGGUAAUUUCCCAUCUAAUCUGCACAAUGUUUUUUGAAAUUACAACCAGUAAUUAUGAUCUAUUUCAUGCUUUCACAAGCAAUUUCUUCUGUGAUCAAAAUGUAUGAUAUUCCUCUCCUAGUGAAGCUGCUAUUUUACGAAUGACACUAUUCAGUAUAAAGACAGUGCCUAGGAUAAACUAAUUAUUCCUCUGCUUGUAUUAUGCAUAGUGUGUAUACAGCCAGUAUAUGUGAUCAUUUGUAUAUAGCUUAGUAUAAGCUUUUGCAAGAUUCUUUACUUUUAGGAUGAUAAUAAGGGAUUAAAACAUGAAAAUUGUUCCAGUCAUUCCACACUUUAUAGUACCUUCUAGUUCUUUAGUUUUUGACCAUUCUGAAAUUUGUAUUUUUUUUUCUACUAUAAAGGUCAAUUCAUUUUUGUGAUAUCUAGAAAGUUGUUCUUUGUUCUUCAUUUUUUCAUAGAUCUUUCAAUAAAUAUGCUUGUGAGUGCGAAUUUUGAAUGUUAUUGUUCUAGUCUGGUGAUAUAUUUUAUUUUUAAUAAAGUCUCUUGAUUCAA